AUGAGUGAACUUCGCAAGAAGGUUGAUCUGGCCACGCGAGCACUGGUGCUAACCAAUGAUCAGCUGGAGAAGGUGUCGGCCUUGCUCCUCAAGGAGCUCAAUGAAGGCCUUCGUCGAGAGACGAACCCCAUUGCCAGCAUUAAGAUGUACCCCACUUAUGUGCGCGACGUUCCCGACGGUUCAGAGAAAGGCAAAUUCAUGGCCCUCGAUCUGGGUGGCACUAACUUCCGAGUCCUCGUAAUUGACAUUGACGGCGACAGCUUUAACAUGGAAAACGAAAUCUUUGCCAUUCCGCAAUCGAUUAUGGUUGGCACUGGCGAACAGCUUUUUGAUCACAUUGCCGAGUGCAUGGCUAACUUUAUGGAGAAGAACAAUCUGAAGGAUCAGAAGCUUCCUCUGGGCUUUACCUUCAGCUUCCCCUGCCGACAGGAAGGUCUGACCAAGGCUCGACUGGUCAGCUGGACUAAGGGCUUCUCCUGCGCUGGUGUGGAGGGCGAGGACGUGGUGACUCUGCUGCGAAAGGCCGUGAGGAAGCGCGGCGACAUUGACAUCGAUGUGAUGGCAGUGGUCAAUGACACCACUGGCACUCUCAUGUCAUGCGCUCACAAGAACCGCGAAUGCCGAAUGGGCGUCAUCAUCGGCACUGGCUUCAACUCCUGCUACAUGGAGGACAUUGAGAAUGUGGAGCUGUUUGACGAUGACACGCCCGGCCCGAACAAGGUCAUCGUCAACACUGAGUGGGGCGCAUUCGGCGACAAUGGAGUGCUGGACUUUGUGCGCACUGACUGGGACGACGAAGUGAACACCUACUCGCUGAACAAGGGACGCCAGCUCUUUGAAAAGAUGAUCUCCGGCAUGUACAUGGGCGAGCUGGUUCGAUCAGUGGCCGCCUCUCUCACACGACAGGGUCUCAUGUUCGGCGGCAAGGGCUCCGAUGAGCUCUUCACGCCGCACAUGUUCAAGUCGGCCUACGUCUCGGCCAUCGAGUCCGACCCGAAGGGAGUGUACACCAACACGAAGCAGUCGCUAGAUGAGAUCAACCUGCAGCACGCCACUGUCGAGGACUACGAGAACCUGAAGAUGAUCUGCAACCGAAUUUCCACCCGUGCGGCGCACCUCUGCUCGGCGGCGCUGGCCACCGUGCUGAACCGCCUGAAGCGUCCGCACACUACCAUCGGCAUUGAUGGCUCCGUCUACAAGUACCACCCCAAU